UCCCUCUUGUCUUCUGCCUCCGUUGAAACUUGAAAGUUGAAACAACAAACUAACACCUCCACCUUCAACCCUUCAACACUCACGCGUUUUCGACUUUUCAUCUAUCUUUUUCUCUCAUGUACAACGCUAUUACCUUCCCCUCUUCUUCUUCUUCUUCUCUUUUCAGUCGCACAUAAAACCAGCAACAGCAAUGGCUUCCACCUACAGCUGCAAGCAUUGCGGCACCAACCUCAACCUGAGAUCCUUCUACGCCUUCCCACCGGACUUCUACUUCGAGGCCGGCAACAAAGGUUCCGUGUCCUUCUCCGCCGUGGACGCCGCCAAGCUCCGAUUCGAGAAAGAGGACAAAAUCAAACCUUUCUUCGAAACCCUAAACUACUGGGGCAUCCAACGAAAGAGGACCAAGAUGAUCUGCAACUCUUGCGCCCAUCUCCUUGGCUACAUCUACGACGACGGCCCUCCACUCACCGAUACUCCCGGUCAGUUCCACAUGGGUCCCAGCCAGGUCAUACCUCGUGCCCCCAGGUACCGCUUCAAGACCAAAGCACUCACCAUUCUUCAACAUCCCUCUUAACUCUUAAGGUGGAAACUCAGGUGCAGUAGACUUCACGUGAAGUUGAUAUUUGAGAACCGUUAAAU